AUGGGCACGUCCGUUUAUGUUGCUAUCUUGGAAGAUGGCAGUGAAGUGGCUGUAAAGCGGAUGCUGAUUGAAUCAUGUCAAGAUGCAGCAGAAAAUGAGAAAAACAUCCUGAGUCUCACUAACACGGAGAAAUCACCAUUUAUUGUGAGUUAUCGCCAUUUUCUUAAAGACAUUACCUUCGUGUACCUGCUUGUUGAUCUCUGUGAAGAAACAUUGGAUGAACAUGUGCAUUCUCAAAAUAUUGAACAUCUACGAAUUCACGGUCGAAGAAUGAUCAACGAAAUGUUAACUGGACUUAAAUUUCUUCAUGAUCAAGGAAUUUUGCAUAGAGAUCUCAAACCAUCAAAUAUCCUGGUUGAUGUCGACGGUCACAUGAGAUUGGCAGAUUUCGGAAUAAGUCGUGUUCUAAACGAAGAUGAAACCACGUUUAAUACCGAUGCGAAAGGAACGGAACGCUGGAUGGCAGUUGAAGUUAUGGAAUCUAUAGAUAAAAUAGGAGAAGGACGUUUCAAAAAGAAAUCUGAUAUUCAAUCUGCAGGAAUGAUUACUUUUUUCAUUUUAACGAAAGGUGAACAUCCCUUUGGUUCUACUAGAUAUGAAUGUAUGACAAAUAUUAGGGAUGGAAAUCCAGUUAACUUAAACAUCCUUGAUGAUCUUGAUGGUCGAGAGUUUGUUGCACGCUUGAUUAGCCAUAAGAUUGAUGAUAGACCAUACGCUCAUAUAGCAUUGUUAUACCCCUUUAUGGACAUAAUACAUCAGGGUAAUCCAUAG